GUGAGCGUAUAAAAGGCUCCCGUACGAGCUGGAGAUGAGACUCAGUCCAAUCUCACCGACCGACUACGACCAUGUUGUUCAGCCUUAAAUCCCUCGUCGCUGCCGCCGCCGUAGCCCUCAUGACCGCGUCCAGCGUUUCUGCUCACUGCCAGUGCAUCAUCGUCCCCCGCGAGGUUGAGGGCCGCGAGGUUGGCGCUGCGAUUGCCGGCCGGGUGGCCAUCGACUCGUGCUGUUUUACUCUCAGCGCGUUGCCACCUCGUGCGACUGCUUAAAUCAUUUAUAAUGCAGUACUACAGGAGCUGGAGAUAUAUAUGUACAGUAUAUACAGUGCCCGAGAUUAAGUUACGGUGGACAGCCGACGAGUUCGGUAUCUCAAUUUCAUCCUUGAUCCCAC